GACAACGCAGCGUGCGUGAUAUUUACAUGCUCGAAAACAGCUGAUUUUAGUUUUGGACAGCGCUGCGUGACGCGCCGCUUAACCUAUCUUUUCAGCCGCCGAUUUAAUCCAAUCUAAGCAGUGAAACUAACUACUUAAGUCUGAUUUAAAGAUGUAUAUCAAAGUGUUCCUGAAGAAUUGCGCGCUCUCGUGCUAUCAGCGACAGAAAGGCCUUUCCACUUUAAGAAAAUGUGGCACAGCUGUGCUUGGUGCUUCAUUGGCAUGUGCAUAUGGGACAACGGUGGUUGCAUGCAAAGACGUCACAUUUAUGGCGAAGACGGUGACAGCCGAGGAAGAAUUGAAGCGAGCAAAUGAUAUGAGAUCACGCAUGGAGCUGAUGAUCAUGGAAGCGCAGGCGGAAUUCUGCAAAGCUUUAGAGCUAGAGGAAGACGGAGGAAAGAAGUUCAACGUGGACAAGUGGAAACGCGCGGAGGGCGGCGGCGGCGUCACCUGUGUGCUGCAGGAUGGCAAAGUCUUCGAAAAAGCCGGAGUAAAUAUAUCCGUGGUAACAGGAAAUUUACCACCAGCAGCCGUUGCCCAAAUGAGAUCGCGUGGAAAGAACUUGAGGGAAGGUGUCGAGCUUCCAUUCUUCGCGGCCGGAAUUAGCGCAGUCAUCCAUCCAAGGAAUCCCUACGUGCCAACCAUUCAUUUCAACUACAGAUACUUCGAAGUCAAAGAUGGGGAAAAGGUUGAUUGGUGGUUCGGCGGAGGCACCGACCUGACGCCUUACUACCUCGACGAAGAAGACGCAGUUCAUUUCCACGGUACUCUUAAAGCCGCUUGCGAUCGUCACGACACAUCUUAUUACAAGAAAUUCAAGAAGUGGUGCGACAAGUACUUCCAUAUACCCCACAGAGGCGAGAGUCGCGGCAUCGGCGGCAUCUUCUUCGAUGAUCUGGACACACCUGGUCAAGAGGAAGCCUUCAAAUUCGUCACCGACUGCGCCAAUUCCGUCAUUCCUUCCUACAUACCCAUUGUGAAAAAGCACAAGAACAAAAUGUACACUGACAACGAACGUCAAUGGCAGCUACUUCGUAGAGGGCGUUACGUCGAAUUCAACUUAAUCUACGACAGAGGAACCAAGUUUGGUCUGCAUACACCUGGAGCCAGGUUCGAAAGUAUCCUGAUGUCUUUACCUCUGAACGCCAGAUGGGAGUACAUGAAUGUGCCGUACGAAAGGAGUCGCGAGGGUAAGCUGACCGAGAUCCUUAAGAAUCCGAAGGAUUGGGUUUAAGCGGAAAUUUAGUUUUCCAACUUCUUUGUUUUUGUUUUUAUUUCUACAUUUCAUUUUAUCAUUUUUAAUCCGUUUUUAUAUGCAUUUUCGUACUGAAUAAAUAAACAUCACAGGGAUUUCCGGUUCCCUGGCAUCCUAGAAAGUGCCUCUCUCCGUCGGCGAAUCUAAGUGCAAAAUA